CGGAAACCGCUCCUCCAGAGUCCAGACUACUGUAAACCAUCGCCUCCACCACCAUGGCAGCCGCCGGCAGCGGCAGCGGAGGCCAAACCCUCGGCCGUAGCAGCUUCUCCCGCGCCGCACCCAACCUGGCAGCCUCUUCGUCCGGUGCCGCCGGCGUCAAGGUUGGCCCUAACGGCGCCGCCUUUGUCUCCUCGGGCAUCCCCGACCUCGACAAGAUUUUGGGUGGUGGGUUCCUUCUUGGCUCGGUUGUUAUGGUCAUGGAGGACACCGAUGCACCACACCACCUUUUGCUUCUUCGGUGCUUCAUGGCUCAGGGUGUUGUGCACAAGCAGCACCUGCUCUUUGCAGGCCCCAUGAAGGAGCCCCAGUCGUUCCUUGGUACACUACCUGCUCCGGUUUCAUCUUCAAAGGAGGAUGGACGGCACAGAGUGAUGGGGGUUUUAGCAAGUAGUGAUGGACGGGCAAGUGAUGAGGGUUUGAGGAUAGCCUGGCAGUACAAGAAAUACUUUGGAGAUGAAAAGAUUUCUCAUGCUGAACAUAAAGACAAUAGGCAGGAAUUUAGCCAUGAUUUUGAUUUGAGGAAGCCCUUGGAAAGGCAUUUACUUAAAGGACAGCAUAUUGAAUGUGUAAGCACUCAAGAUACAGACACUCUCAGCGACAUGCAGGAUCGUUGUUCCACUUUCUUAUCUAAACUUCCAAGAAAAGAUGGCGGAAGUCUUACUGCUGGGCGAAUUGCUAUACAAUCACUGUGUGCACCGCAGUGUGGAUACUUUGAAAAGGACUGGGACAUGGUCUCAUUUAUCAGAUCACUGAAGGCCAUGGUGCGCUCAACUAAUGCUGUCGCUGUUGUCACAUUUCCAAAUACAGUUCUGUCAAAUUCGUUCUGUAAGAGAUGGCAGCACCUGGCAGAUACAUUAUUGUCAAUCAAAGCAAUUCCAGAUGAGGACAAAGACUUGGCAAAACUCCUAACAGGAUAUCAAGAUAUGGUUGGUUUUUUGCACGUCCAUAAGGUGGCACAGACUAAUAGCCAGGUCCCUGUGAUCUUAGAUGCUUCCACACUUUCUCUUAAGCUGCGUAAGAGGAGGUCGCUGGUGCUAGAACGGUUGAAUCAGGCUCCAGUGGAUGGAUCAAGUGGGCCUUCGUAUGCUGCAUCAGGCAGUUGCUCCUCCUCGUCGCAAGGUUCACAGCUUGAUUUCUAGUUCAGAUUCAAAUAGGCUGGUCUUUGUGAAGAGAGAGAAGCUCAGGAGUGUUGUGUACCUGUUAUGUUACUCUAGGAAAAAUGCAACUUUUGGAGGUUUAGUUUUUAGAUAGGAGGCAGUUUGAUGGUUCAUGUUAGCCGUCCCCCCUCGUGUACCUUUCAGCACUGUUGUAUACCAGUUUCAAUAGUAUUUGAACAUGUUUGAUUCCUACA